AGAAGCUCGUCCUUGCAACAGACACUAUGGCAAAGUUUAUCAUCCUCGUAGCGGCAUUGGCGGCCUGCCACGCAGUGCCUGUUGAAAUCGUUGAACUUCCCGACGCUACAUUCCGUGUGGGCCGGUCGCCGGGCGUGGCGUGGAGCUUUGGCAGCGGUUUCGCGAGCGACAUCGGCGGUAUCCGACAUGCGUCAGGACAGUCCGGCUCCUUCCAGAGCGGAGACGCGCAGGCGUACGGAUCUAGCUUUGCCAACGCCAACAACAACUACGCCAGCGGCACUGCCUUUGCGCAAGCACCACAAGCAGUCCAAUACCCGACAAUUCAACACAAUGUAGUACGACAACCAGCCCAUCAAAAUAAUAUUGUGGUGCAAUCCGUGCCACUCGUCCAAUACAGUGUGGUGAAACAACCGACUCAGCAACAUACUGUGGUCCAGCAUCCCGUCAGCCACCAACACGCCACCAUUGCUCAUCACCAACCCGCCCAUGCCGCUGUCACGGUCCCGAAAAAGCCUAGCAACCAUAUCACUAGCAACUUGGGCAACUUUGGAUCGGCGAGCUCCUCAGCGGCGGCUAACUCUUAUAAUGGAUUCGGUUCCGCCGCAUCCAAUGUUUACAACAACGGCUUCAACCAGUACCAGACCGCGGCGGCUUCGGCGCAGAACUACAACGGUCUGGGCUACGAGUCGGCGGUGGCGUCUGCCAAUAGUAACGGAUUCGGCCGAGGAUCCGCUGUAUCGUCUGCUCAAAACAUCGGUAACCAGGGAACCGCCGUAUCGUCCGCACAAACCCUCGACAGAUUCAACAACUUUGAAGCGGCGGUAGCGGCGGCGGAGAACUACGGCAACUACCAAGCUAGCACCGCACAGACCAUCAAGCAGAGAGGUAGCCAGGUGCAGCAGAGCAUCGCCAGCAGUGUAAACGCACCCGGCUUCCAAGCAGCCAAUGCCAACGCUUACAAUACUGGUUUCUAUUAA